AAUAUGGAAACCUGGCUCUCCCAAUAUGGAAACCAAGAAGCCUACAAAUGGCAGAAGCUGCGCAAAAGUUCCUCCUCCCCCUCCUCACCCUCUACCUCAUCUAACCAAUUCUUCUUCCGACGACCUCUGGGUUUUUGUGAAUUCAGUUUCGAUAACGAUGGAAGAUUUUUCGAAGGAAGAGCGGAUAUGUCUUGUAUGGUGAAGAUUGCGAUUUCCAAGAAGAAGAAUAAGAACGAGGAGGAAGAGAAACAGGAAGAAGAAUCUCUUCGGGAGAGGAUAUUGUUGGCUUGGACGAGACUUUGUACCAGACAUUUACUACUCGGAGCGAGAACAGUUCGAGAGAAGAAGGAUGACAGCCUCCACUUCGCCGUCGACGUCCCCGCAAACAUCAACGCAGCAAUCGAGUCCGCAAAGAAACAUCUCAUCUUUCUCCAAGACCACUACACCCAAGUCGACCACUCAACUUUCUACAAUCACACACUCAACACAGCUCGCAUCAUCGAUCCCGACGUAGCUCUAGCCAAAGCUUUCGUGCUACCUCUUACUAUCGAAAAAGCAGAAGAAGAAGAAGGCAAAGACGAAGAAGAAAACAUCCUCCGAAUCCAACUAAUCCUCGCCCAUCAAAUCGCCGAUGGAAUCUCCGUCAACAUCUGGAUAAAAACUCUUCUCCAAUCCCUCAACGAUCCCAUCCCCAUCCUCCGUGCGAAAAUCCUCUCAGCCAUCGAUCCCAAUAUAAUGCAAAAGCACUUACCACCUCCCCAAGAAGCGCUCUAUCCUCCCAUCCCAGGUUCCAAAGCCCGACAACGUUGGUUCUGGGCCAUCACCAGAAUCCUCCGCCACGUCCGUCGUCCUCUCCCCGCCGGCUUCGAGAAUCCCUUACUUCGUCGUCGUCGUCAAAUCGGAGGAGGAGGAAAGAAAAUCGAAAAGUGUACACCAAUUCCCUUUCCCCCCUUAUACAACAAAGUCCUAGAUUACACUCGCACACCACUUCUCAACACCCUUCCCAUCCACAUCCGCGUCUCAGCCCAACAUACCGCCCAACUACAAAAACUCGUCCGCGAAGCCCAAGCCAGCAUGGGAGCAGGAAUCUACGCCAUGGUAGGCGUCUGCAUGAUGGAAAUGUACGAACGACAAUCCCCCGAGAUUCCGCUUUCAGAGCGCAAAAUUUUCAUUCCGGGGUUUCCUCUCAAUCCUCGUGCUUUUUUCGGUUGGAAUUCCGAGCCGGAUAGUAUGAUGCUGGCGUUUUCCGAUGGAAUCGCUUUGCCGUUUCUCUCGGCGCGAUUGAGUGUGGCGGGGAGAUUGAAAUUGUUGGCGCGUCAGGCGCAGAGACAGUUGUCGGUUUAUCAGAAGAGAUUGAAUCAUUUUGCUGCUGCUGCAGCAGGAGAGAAGGAUGCGAAAAAGCAGUUUCUGACGAGUCGUGGUGCGGGUCUUGUGCUUGCGAAUCAAUAUCUCUACAGCAUCGAACGCGCCGACCGAGGCAAAGUCCAACAUCUCUCCAACCAAAACAACAACAACAUCCAAGGCGCAUACCCCACCCACCAAAACCCCACCCCCCAAACCUGCGGAGUAUCCUCCAUCGGAAACCGCGAUCUCCAAAUCCGCUCAGGGACAUUUCCCAUUCCAUCUCCACAAAGUAAUAACAAAGAAGACAUAUUCAAAUUUGCCGCAGAUUUUCGCAAUCUGACAGCGACCGUAAGAGCGCGAGAAGAAGAAUUUUUGUUUGGGGUGACGGGGUCUCGAAAGGCAUUGUUUAGUACGCCGAGCAUUGAUAUGUCGAGUAUGGAUCCCGAGUUGGUGCAGGUGUUCAAGGAGAGGUUUGAGACGUUAUUGGAGGAGCUGGAAAGCGAUGAGGGAAGGGCGAAGCUAUAA